AUGGCAAACACGAAUAUGGCAGCUGAGCAACUUCUAGAACUUCUUCUUACACUUAAAAAAACGACCCCGGCUGCGGCUAAAGGCAUCUUAAACAGCCAGCCUGCCAUUGCAUACGCUCUCAUUACUCUUAUGGUCUCCAUGAACGCAAUUAAUAUUGAAGUAUUUCAGAAAACGUUGGCAGAAUUUGGUGCAAGUACAGGUGCAGAUGCGACCAGUGGCCCAGCAGCUGUACCUUUAACAAGCGCGAGUUCUACCCCAACGCCAAUGGCGGCGUCGAAUUCUGCAGCCGCCCACAUCAACAACACCACGCCACAGACCAUGCCCCCACCCGCUGCACCUGCACCUAUAUCAGCCAUUCCUCUUCAUCUUCAGGCACAGUAUCGAACAGGGACCCCACCUUCUGCUAUGGGCGCGGGAACCCCUCAACUUACCGCACACCCACAUACACCAACACCGCCGUACGGCUACGGGCACGGACAUUCGAACGGAGGACAGCCGACCCCUCCUGGGCAGGCUGGGUAUGCCCAACCGGCUUAUGGUCAACAGCCAGGGUAUGGGCAGCCAGGGUAUGGGUAUCAGCAGCAAGGCGGGUACCAACAAGGAGGAUAUCAACAGGGCGGGUAUCAGCAGCAGCAGCAACAGCAACAGCACAGUGGCUACCAGCAAUCAGCCCCUUCGGGGUACCAACAAGGAUAUGGAGCCUACGGAUCUGGAUAUGGACAACCUCCGCCUCAGCCAGCGCAUGCUCAUCAGGCCACACCUCAGAGUGCCACGCCCGCAUUGCCAGAGUCACUAGCGGGAAUUCCGGAGGAGCAAAAGGCUUUGAUCAUGAGAGUGCUGGCCAUGACACCGGAACAGAUCAAUAUGCUACCCCCCGGAGAGAGAGCGACGUACAUACAAAUCCGGGCAACUUUGGGAGUUUCGACAUAA